CGGCCGGCCCCCGCGAGCGUCGCUCGUCGACCGCUCGAACGAAUUAAAAAGUUAACAUGUCAUAGACAAGAUUCGUUCCUUUUUCAAAGUGUGGUACCGUUGUUUCCCAUCUCUUUUAGAAGUUAACGUUGUUCCGUUACUGUGCUAUUGUGCUGUGCUUCACGUAACGUAUUUAGAUUAGCGAUGAUGUUCGAACUUCAAAAUAUAAUAAUUUACUAGGUGAAAAUUUACGCUGUUGUUAUGUGCAAGUGAUAACAAGUGACACGUAACUGAAGAAGUGAAGUGAAGUGAAGUUCUAUUUAAUUAUGACGUGAUAAUAUUCGCCAUGUAUCGGCCGAAUUUCUACGAGAGCACGUGCUUCAGGUGCAACGAGAUAGUGUACCAAGUGGACCGUGUUGGUCCACUGAAGGACUUUACAUUUUUUCACAGCGGAUGUUUCAAGUGUGCGGUAUGCGGAACGAAAUUAACUUUAAAGACCUACUACAACAAUCAGCACUGGACCGAAGAUAAAGAAGUAUACUGCUCUAGCCAUGUGCCCAAGAUCGGUCCAGGUCACUUAGACAACUCAUCGGUGGGCAUCCGCAGCGCUCUGAACGUCCCGAAGAGCAACAACUACGUCAAUGAACAGAUCCGAGGACUCGCCAGGAACAGUCAUGAAACUGAAUUGUCACCAACCCGUGCUACAAACGGAGGCAGCGUGCACGCGUCGCCAGCGCGGGAAUUGUCGCGCGAUACACCCGACUACCAAUAUGGACGCUUCGACGCCAGCGCGUUGCACAUUGCACAUGCGCUUAAACAGACAGAACUACAAAAGGCAUACCAUAGGCCGAGAGAAAAGCCUAUUGACUGCUAUUUGGAUCGAGAUGAACAAACAAAAUUAGAAAUGAAACAUAGACAGGAAGAAGACGAUUUGUACAGAAAAUUCUCGAAACAUCGUGAAGAAGAAAAUAGAAGAAUAAGAGAAGAAAUACAGGAUGAAUGGGAAAGAGAAUUAGAAAGGCUUACAAACAGAUUCCAGCAAGAAAUGCAGGUUAAGAAACGGAGGCCUGACGCAGAGAUCGGCGCCCUCACCCUCCGCCAUCAGCAGGAGAGAGCCGAUCUCGAAAAGAACAUGACACUCCGAAGAGAUAAGAAGAAAGAAAGUUUAACGAGAAAAAUGUUGGAACACGAAAGGGCGGCAACAGCAGCCCUAGUUGAAAAGCAAAGCCACGAGAUGAUGGAGCUCAUACAAGAACGGAGAUCAGAGUAUAUGGCAGCAUCAUCACUCUACCUAGAUGGGGAAGAAGCACCUCCUUACCCAGCGAGAGCGCCGGCUCCACAACCUCCCCUUGUUUCCAAAUUCCAUAUCUAUACAGAUCCGGCGGAAUUUGCAGACGUCGAUAAGAUUGCCAUCUCGGUGGCGCAAGAAGACCAAAAGACCUUUACUGACCUCGUCCGACAAUUAGUAGGGAGAUGUGCAAGUGACGUGGAGAAGGCUCGUACGAUAUUCCGCUGGAUCACAGUGAAGAACUUAAACAAUAUCCAGUUCGAUGAUAAUUUGAGAGGAGAUUCGCCUCUCGGUCUGCUCAGAGGCAUUAAACACGGCACAGAAAGUUACCAUGUUCUGUUUAAGAGAUUGUGCAGUUACGCAGGUCUCCAUUGCGUUGUCAUCAAAGGAUACAGUAAAUCAGCGGGCUACCAACCAGGCGUCCGUUUUGAGGAUAACCGAUUCCGUAACUCCUGGAACGCAGUAUAUGUGGCGGGUGCUUGGCGAUUCGUUCAGUGCAAUUGGGGAGCUCGGCAUUUAGUGAACGCCAAGGAUGCUCCUAAACCAGGGAAUCGAGGAAAGAGCGAUAGUUUGAGAUAUGAAUACGACGAUCAUUACUUUUUGACUGAUCCACGAGAAUUUAUCUACGAGUUCUACCCGCUCCAGCCGGAUUGGCAAUUGUUAAAAACACCCAUAACGCUGCACGACUUUGAAGAAUUGCCAUUCGUCAGAUCGCUGUUCUUCCGAUACGGCCUCUACUUCAGUGACCCUAACACUAAAGCUGUGAUGUACACUGACUCCACUGGUGCGGCGACUAUGCGCAUAGCAAUGCCGGCACACAUGCAAAGCUCACUGAUAUUCCACUACAACCUCAAAUUCUACGACACGGAGGGAGACGGCUUUGAUGGCGUGAGCCUGAAGAGAUUUGUCAUGCAGUCGGUGGUAGGCAAUGUGGUAUCCUUCCGAGUGCACGCUCCGUGUAGCGGCGCCUUCUUACUCGACAUCUUCGCCAACGCGGUGACCCCACGCGAGUACCUCACCGGGGAACCAAUGAAAUUUAAGAGCGUUUGCAAGUUUAAGAUAUGUUGCGCGGAACUGCAGACCGUCAUGGUACCAUUACCAGAUUGUGCAAGCGGAGAAUGGGGUCCAACCAAAGCUACGAGACUCUUUGGACUGGUUCCCAUAACCCAUCAGGAGGCAUUAGUAUUCGCGGGUCGAGAACUUGAGAUCCAGUUCCGUAUGUCUCGUCCUCUGGCGGACUUCAUGGCGACCCUUCAUAAGAACGGAGUAGACGAGAAGCGGCUCUCGAAAUACGUGCAGCAGAACGUGUCGGAUGAUAUCGUCACAUUCUAUAUUACAUUCCCCGAAGAAGGUCAAUAUGGUUUGGACAUCUACACGAGGGAACGAAAUGGACCAACAGCAAUCCAUCAGAACGGUUCAACGGAAAAAGAGAAACAUCUCCUGACUCACUGCUGCAAAUAUCUCAUCAACAGUAGCAAGAGAAAUUAAAGUGCCUUUACGAUCAACAAUUUUGAAAAGCGACGUUUAAAUUUUAAUAUUAAAAUUCAAUAUUUUUUUUUGGAUUUUGAAUAAACUCAACUCCGUCCUUAAUUCCGUAAUGAAAAAUGUUAUGUGGGUUACUAUUAACUAAUUUAUAAAUGUUAGUAGUGGUAAAUUUGACCAUUUUAAAAUAGUCUGGAUUUACCGAUUAUAAAAAAAAAAAAAAACCAAUUAAAAAUUAUACAUAAUCAAU